AUGAGCCGCCCCAAGGUCCUCCUCCUAGGCAAAAUCGACCACGCCCACGUAGCAUGGUCAACCAUCGCCGACAUCGCAGACGUGAUCCAGCCCAAGGCCACCAACCGAGCAGAAUUCAUCGCCGAGUGCCAAUCUGGCGCCCUGGAUGGCGUCAGCGUGACCUACAGGACGUUUGAUUCCGUCAAUGUCACGGGCAAGAUUGACAGCGAGCUGCUGGAUGCGCUGCCCAAAAGCAUCAAGUUCCUGUGCCACAACGGCGCCGGCUACGACCAAAUCGACAUCCCCGCCUGCACCGCCCACGACGUCCGCGUCUCCAACACUCCCACCGCCGUCGACGAUGCCACAGCCGACGUCAACAUCUGGCUGAUCAUCGGCGCCCUGCGCAACCUCCAGAUCGGCAUCAAUGCCCUGCGAGCCGGCAAGUGGCGCGGCUCUCCUCCUCCCGCGCUGGGCCACGACCCGCAGGGCAAGAUCCUGGGCAUCUUGGGCAUGGGCGGCAUUGGCCGUAACGUCGCUGCCAAGGCGAAGGCUUUUGGAAUGCGUGUUCGAUACUACAAUCGCUCACGCCUGAGUCCCGAGUUGGAGGAGGGUGCUGAGUAUGUUAGCUUCGAGACGUUACUGAAGGAGAGCGACGUCUUGAGUCUGAACCUGCCUCUCAACCCCAACACCCGCCACACCAUCGCCGCCCCCCAAUUCGCCCUCAUGAAGCCCGGCAUCGUCAUCGUCAACACCGCCCGCGGCGCAGUCAUGGACGAGGCCGCCCUCGUCGACGCCCUCGCCUCCGGCCAAGUCUCCUCCGUCGGCCUCGACGUCUACGAGAACGAGCCCGAGAUCCACCCGGGCCUGCUCGCCAACCCAAACGUCCUGCUCGUCCCCCACAUGGGCACCUGGACCCAGGAGACCCAGCAAAAGAUGGAGGAGUGGGCCAUUGACAACGUGCGGCUGGCCGUCAAGGAGGGCAAGCUCAAGAGCAUUGUGCCUGAGCAGAAGGCGUUGGCUGCGUGA